UCCUCCUCCCUCCCGCCCUCCUUCCUCCCCACCCCCGUCCCCUCCAGGGCCCCGGGUACCGCUGCGGCUCCGGGGAGGGGGACUCUCCCUCCGCUCCGGCCUCCUCCCAUCGCCCCCCCCCGCAUACGAGCCCCCCCGUCCCCCUCCCCCCUUCUCCAGCGGGGACCCCCCCCCCACCGGGGGGGGAAAGGUAGCGCCAUGAAGCCCCCCGCGGCCCAGCCCCUGCCCCUGCUGCUGACCCUGCUCUCCUGCUGCUGGGGACCCGCCCUGGCCAACCUCUCCCAGGACGAGAGUCAGCCCUGGACCUCGGACGAGACGGUGGUGGCCGGAGGAACCGUUGUGCUCAAAUGCAGCGUCAAGGACCCCGAUAACUCAUCCCUGCAGUGGUCCAACCCUGCUCAGCAGACCCUCUAUUUUGGAGAGAAAAGAGCCUUGCGAGACAACAGGAUUCAGCUGGUCCACUCCAGCCCACGGGAGCUGAGCAUCAGCAUCGAGAAAGUGUCCCUGGCAGACGAGGGAGAGUACACCUGCUCCAUUUUCACCAUGCCCGUUCGCACGGCCAAGUCGCUGGUGACUGUGCUCGGAGUGCCCCAGAAGCCUCUAAUCACCGGCUACGAGUCUCCAAUCAGGGAAGAGGGCACCGCCCGCCUCACUUGUCGAUCUUCAGGCAGUAAGCCUGCUGCCCAGCUGAGCUGGAGAAAGGGAGACCAGGAGCUCAAGAGCGAGGCCACCCGAGUGCAGGAGGACCCCAACGGCAAGACGUUCACGGUGAGCAGCUCGGUGGAGUUCCAGGUGUCCCGGGAGGACGACGGGGCCGCCGUCACCUGCGUCGUGAAGCACGAGUCCCUGCAGAACACGGACCGCUCCACCUCCCAGCGCAUCGAGGUCUUGUAUACACCGACGGCAUCCAUCAAGACCGAACCUCUCCAACCCCGCGAGGGUCUUCAGCUAACUCUGCAGUGUGAGGGACAUGGCAAUCCCGUCCCUCAGCAAUAUCUGUGGGAGAAGGAGGGGAGCGAACCGCCGCUGCAGAUGGCCCAGGAGAGUUUCUUGAUCUUUCCCCUGCUCAACAAGAGUGACAGUGGCACCUACCGCUGCACCGCCACCAACCACCUGGGCAGCCACGUUGCCUACUACACCCUCAGUGUCAACGACCCCAGCCCCAUGCCCGCGCAGACCAGCACCUACCACGCCAUCAUCGGAGGGGUAGUGGCCCUCAUCGUCUUCCUGCUGCUCAUCCUGCUUAUCGUCCUAGGCCACUAUCUGAUCCGACACAAAGGCACCUACCUGACGCAUGAGGCAAAAGGCUCUGACGACGCCCCCGACGCGGACACGGCCAUCAUCAAUGCAGAGGGCGGCCAGCCGGGAGGGGACGACAAAAAGGAGUAUUUCAUCUAGAAGGGCCCACUUCCUCCAGCCCCCUCCACCCUCCCACGGGGUGGGGAGGGGCGUGGGCCGGGGGAGCGCCCACCCAAGGCUAGCCGGGGCCGCGGCAUCAACCCGGACUUGUACAGAGCCCCCUUCCUUCCCCCCGACCAGGGGACGCCCCCUCCCCCUCCCGCUUGCUCCCCAUCCCUCCCCCCACCUCCCCGCUGUACAGGUGUCUGCUUGGGCGCGGUUUUGUACUCGGUUUGGAAAUGUGGGGGGUGGGGGAUCGGGAGGGGCCGUCGCUCUCGGCCCUAUCUGUGGCUUCUCUCUGCGUUUGGAUUUCUUUCUUUCUUUUCUGAACAAACCAGAACACAUCAGUGUCCGGGCGGGAGGAGAAGAGGGGAGCUCUCUCGCCCCCCUUGGUGUGGAUGAGCGUGGCGGGGGAGGGUGUCGAGGAGGGGAAGGGGUCCCUGGGGGGGUUUAAGGAGGGAACGAGGGUGUCUCAGCUGCCCUCCCCCUUCUCCAUCCCACCAGUUUCCCGCUCCGUUUAGGAGCACGUGAUUGGCUUCUAGGGUAUUCCUGGUCCGUCCUUGCUGGGGAGGGGGGGCAGGACCGAAGCUAAAGGAUCUCCCCUCGACCUCAAUUCCCCCCCACCCCGAGCCCCCCGCCAGCUCGCACCCUCACUAUGCACCCCCACCCCUCCAGGUUGCUUUUCCCCCCUGGACCCAGGGGGUCUUUUUCCCCGAGGACCGCCCACCCACCACCUCUCAUUCCUAGGGUCUGUCCGAUGGACGAAGGAGAGGGAAGGAGAGAGGGAGGGGCGAUCCCCCCCUCGCCGCCCCCCAUCCCUCCUUCUCUGCCCCUCCUCCCCAUCGUCCUCCCUGAGCCGGUUGCCAUGGAGACAAGGUCCGUCCCGCUGCCCGGCCGAGAAUCAACUCCUUGGCAUCUCUCAACACGCCCUCCCCUCCCCCCUCCCCCGAUGUGCCCGCUGAGGCCCUGGGAAGGGGGGAGCAGGGGGAACUCCUUGCCAACGGACCCCUCCCCUUAUUUUACCCCCUCCCCCCCUCCCCCCCAAAUUGUCCCCUUCAGUUCAGGUAAAGCUCACAGUGACUCUCCCAGACGCGUUCCAGCCUCCCCCAGUUCCAGGACCUCUCCCUCCCGUCCCCCCCCUUGAGGGGUCGAGGGGAGGACCACCGCCCCUCUCAUCCGGGGUCCGCCCCCCGACCUCCGAUUAAGGGACAUACAACUCUUCUUCCUUCCGAUCGAACGACUCUGUCCAUAUUAUACAGAAGCCAUAUUUGUACGGUGGGUAGGGGCGGGGGGCGAGCGGGGGGCUGUCGUGCUGUGUGUGUCUGUCCGGAGAUGGUGGGGGAGGGGAGGGGAAAGGGGGGGGGGGGCGGGGCGGGGACACCAUGUAUCUUUAUAACCUUUCUAACUCUCCUGUGCUAAUCUCGGAGGGACCAUCCCUCAAUAUAUCUGGAUUAUCCGUGUCACUC